AUGAACGGCGACGCAAGCCUGGUCGGCUGUCUGGUCGACAGGCUCGCUACUAGACUCCCCCAUCGAGCUGGCACCAGCGGCCAGAGCCUGCAACAAGACGACAUCGUUCACGUUACGAGAGCCACCUUGGUCGAGCUCGGAAACACGUCUAUAUCCAUCGUCGUCGAAGCUCUCCUAGCCCUCCUCGAAGACCUUGCGCGCCCAUACAGUGGUGUCGCUGAGCACCCUAGCCAUGUCCUGGCCUCCGAGCUUUACAUUGUCGCCGUGAUCGCGGAUUGCUGCUCCGCGCAUUGGGCCUCGCUGGUCCAAGAUACAGAUUCCAACGCGAGCCCGACUCCGCCCCCUCUGGACAAGGUCAUCGUGAGCCGCCUGCUGGACGCGUUCAAGCAUCUCCUCGAACCCAUCCCCGAGAACUACGUCCUCCCCGCGCAGACCCUAUUGGACCGAGUUUCGAUACAAAAUGUCGCGAUUCCUCGCCCCGAAAGCUCCUCUAUCCUGUCCGAUGUCGAGAGUAUUGCCCCCCCAAGUGACGAGAAGUUCGGGGCCCAUCUGGCCGAGAUGGAUGCCCACGUCAAGACGGUAACCGAAUACGUCACGGCCUCCAGCUGGACUGCUGCCUUUGAGUACUUCAGAAGUGUUAUUUACACCAUUCGAACUACUGCCGUUUCUCAGCCGGGCACCACUACCGCAGGAUCCUUCCAGGAUGCCGAGAGGGCAGCUCUUGUAGUUCUGCGACUGCUCUCUUUCUUCUGGGUUGAUGGUAGCAAGCUUGGUCUAAUCAUACAGGAACUCUGUUCUAGUUUCCUCCAUUUCCGAAAGCCCUACCAAAAUACCAUCGCAGUAGUCACUCCUCUUCUGGUUAUGAGAUGGCUGGACCGAUUCCCGCGCGAGUUCGUUCAGCUGCACCAGCUUCACAAGCGCCUCGAUGGCGGCGCCGACACUCUUUUCGACAUGGCGCAAGCCGCGACUGAGAAUGGUAGACGCAAGGGCUUCUUUUACCCACUGCAGACGUCGCUGCUGUUCCUCUUGCCGGACGUCUUCGAGGUUGCGAGCAAUCUGCGGGAAGCAAAGAGCAGCAGCAUGGUGAAGAAGGUAUCGUUCCUCGAUGGACUACGGAAGGCGUUGAGAAAUCGCAAUGAGCAGGCGGGUUACUGUCUCGUGUCCUUGCUCCGCGCUGCUCGGCACUUUGACGUUGAGACCGACUCGGCCCUCGUGAGCUAUGCUCUGGAUGUUCAGGAUGAAGUUCGAGACGCUGUAUUUCGCCGCCUCGCAUCGCCCGUUGACUCUGCGCUCUUUGAACAAGACAUGAUGACGGCGGCCUUUGUGAGUCUGACUCACCUUAAUCUUGAUACUAGUGUUAGUGGUUUUGUCGAAUCCUGUAUAGCACCCAAUGCGCCCAACAGCUUCAAGCUCGCAGCGGUCCAAGGCUGCUCGUAUUUUGCGCAACAACCGUACGCUCUGAGGUACCACGAGUUAUUUGACACGGCAGUUCCCUUUAUGAGAACACAGCUUGAGGCUGAAAACGCCAAGGCGACCAGCAUAUCGAGCCAGAGGAGCGGCGAAGGGAUUGAGAUGGUGUGCAGCAUCCUCCAGUUCCUGGAUGCAUCUCCCGCUCGCCUACUGGAUGACCUAUCUGCGGAUGGAUCCGACAGUGGUUUCUUCAAAUCAUUCCUGCUUUGCGUCUUGUCCGAGGAGCCAUCUGUGCGGCGGCUUGCGACCGGUGUCGCAGAUCGACUCUUCAAGGGUCAUCUGGAGGCGUAUCGCAAGUUCGACACCGGUCGCCACUUUGGAACAAAAGAGCUCCGAGGCGAACUUUGGAGUCGAAGCUCCAAGGUUUUGCUCAAUUUGUGCGAGUCAAUCACGUUCCAGAAGGAUGAGCAGGGCCUGCUCGAGCUUCAAGAAUAUCUGGAAGCACGCCUUCUCCUGCUCAAGCACAUUCCGGAAUUGGCUGAGGUUCCCGCAGACGCGUCGGAUGUUGUCAGCGCCUCGUCAAAGCUCGAGACCACCCUCCUCAUUUCCCUCUGCUCCGCCAGUAUCACGACUUGCCAACUCGUCACCUCCUGUAUAGGGUUGUUCCUUCAAGAGUGCACAAUCGUCGAUAAGCAUGCAGCAUCGGCCAAAUCCUCUGCCUCCGUCCUGCGAAAUGGCGAGGUCUUUAGCGAGAUCUCGUCACGCGCAUUCCGGUUCACUGGACUUGUUGCAUUUCAAAAGAGAGUUCGGGGCUUGUUACGUCGCAUGGUGUUUCCGACAACUGGAAUUCUGAAUGCCUGGGAGACCGCCUUUGACCGUUGGAUUCACCUCGCGAAGGAUGUGUCGACAUCAGCCAUAGAGGCCGUGGACGAAAAGGCUCUGGCCGAGUGGCGCAACUACUCAGGUUUCCUGGCAUCUCUUGGUGGUAUCUGCACAGCUGACCAAGCCAUCAUCCUGGAAGAACCUGCUCUUGGCGGUCUAAGGUGGAUUGAUCGUGUGUCCUCAGAGCACUACGAAGAGCCUCUUCUCACACGAUACCUGAGGUUGAGUAUCCAACUCUUGGCUUGUGCCAAUGUGAGAGUGCGCGAGGCAAUGCGUGACGUGCUCGCAAGCGAGGUAUCCCCCGCCCUCUACCAUCCUCUGUUCAGAGCCUUGGAGUCAGAGCUGGAGGUCCUAUUCACUGGCGCUCUCGCUCCCGUCGACAAAGCUCAAGACAGUGAGGUAGUGUUUGCUGAGCAAGCUGCAUCUCUGUUACGGGCUUUGGUGGAGCGACUUGAGAGUCCCUCGGACUUGGGUGCCGCUUCCUCAGUUCACCUGGGCGCCCUCACGCUGAACUUUGCAAAGUUUCUGGAUGGCGUUUCUGAUACGCCAAACACCCUGAGGGUCAAGAUCCGCGUCUGUCACUUGUGCGAGGUUGUCACCAAACGAAAGGAACACCUGAAUCUGCGAGAUGACGUUCGGAUACGAAACCAGCUACUCGAAUACAUCUUUGGUUGGAUAGCGCGCCCUCGCUCGCCACAGCAUGGGCCUGGUUCCAGACAAGAUGACAUGGCCCGGGUUCAGAAGGACCUAGACAAGGCAUGCCUCAAGUCGCUGGCCGACUUGACGUUCCGACUGCCAUUGCAGCCAUCUGACAGCCAUACUGAUGCCGGGAUGAGUGAGAUGAAGUCCCAGAUGUUCCACACAUAUUUCAAUCGCUUCCUUUCCUUGUUGAAUCACGAGCCAUCCGAACUCACCAGAUCCGACACUGGUAUGAGCGUCGCGGUCCGCGAAGAGGCCGCAUCCAACUCCGAGUUGGCUAUCACAAUUCUUUCGAAUCUGCUCAGUGCCAACAUCGAUGUCGGACUGAAGCAUUCCCUGAACAUUGGCUAUCACGACAAUGUUGAGAUCCGCACAGCAUUCGUGAAAGUUCUCUACAACAUUCUUAUUCAGGGCACUGAAUUUAGCAACCUAACGGACUCUGCAGUGAGCGAAAAGUAUGAAGAGCUUCUCGAGUUGUUGACAAGUGAUAUGUCACUUGCUAUCUCUAUGGCCGUCGCUUGCCCGAGCACUGAUGUCGAUGAGCUCUCAAUCUGCUUGCUGACCGUGUUCGAGCAACGUGGACUUAUCUUUGAGUUGCUUGAGGCCCUCAUCAAGCAAGAAAUUGAGGACACUGAAAAUGAGGCCGAAAUCCUGCGACGAGGUUGUGUAGCAACUAAAAUGCUCUCUGUUUACGCCAAAUGGAAAGGAGCUUCCUACAUUCGAGCCACCCUCCAAAAGGUUUUGGAGCGUCUCAUGCUCACCUCAAAGGACCUUGAUCUGGAACUAGACCCUGCAAGAGUGAGCACAACAGACGAACUGCAGAAGAACGCCUUGCAGCUGCGAAUUGUAGCCAAGGUCUUCAUCGAUGACAUCUGUGCUUCAUCGUCAAACAUCCCACCAGCAUUCCGAAAGAUUUGCCAUAUUAUAUCCAACGCUGUUGUUCCAAGGUUCCCUGACGCCAAGUAUACUGCUGUUGGUGCUUUCAUCUUUCUCCGUUUCUUUUGCCCUGCCAUCGUUGCCCCGGAGGCCGAGGGCCUUGUAUCCACUGCACCUUCAAAGGAGAUGCGACGUGGACUGCUCCUUAUUGCCAAGGUUAUUCAAAACCUCGCCAACAAUGUUCUCUUUGGAGCCAAAGAGCCAUAUAUGUUUCCCCUUAACGACUUUUUGACUCAAAACAUCUACCACGUCACGACCUUUCUCCGGGAAAUCUCGGUGCCUCCUCACCAAUUGGAGGUCCAAGGCAGCACAGAGUCCUUUGAUUUCGGAUCCUGUGUGGCCCUUCAUCGGUUCCUCUACGACCACUGGGAUCAUGUUCGGCAGACACUUCUUGCGCGGGAACGGAAGGAGUUCGUGAGGGCAUCUGGAGAUGUUGCUCGGGGCCGCUCCCCAGUCUUGGAGCCGCUGAGAAAUCUCAUUGCAAAUCUUGGACCACCACCUCUGGCUGUUUCGUGGAACAGACCCCAAGUUUCCUCGAACAGCCCGCCGCUGUACUCACGGUUUCAGAACUUCAUGCUUCGAAACGCCUUUCGAAGUACUGAGUCCUUCCUCACGGCCCGGGCUGUGUAUGAUGGAGGUGAGAGCAAAGACGGUUUGUCCAUCAUCUGCAUCAUCCUUCGUCACAUCGAAACCGAGAGUAUCGACUAUGACACCCUGCUUUACUGUUACCUCAAGAUCGCCAGUAGGUUAUGGCAUCGCCCAUUCGGCCUUCUCAUUGACGCAACAUGUUAUAAUGGCCGAAACGAGCCCCAAGAUGACUUGUUCAAGAAACUGGAGCUUCUCACGCCUACGGAGCUUUCGCAGAACUUGACCCGAAUUUACGUCUACAACAUGAAUAGUGCAUUCAAAAGGUGCUUCCGGCGGCUGCUGAGAGUGUGCACCAAAAACGAGAAUGGUGUUUUCAAUCCGAAGAACGUCGAAUAUCACUUGAUUGGCAGUCUCCAAGACCUGCAAGCACACUUCCACCUCAGCCAGCUCCACCUACCGAAAGAGACGAUAAGCGUUGUUACGGAUACGCGAUACGUCUUUCAACCCAUCACUCGCCUGUCCAAGUCAAAGGGCAAGAUCGAAGUUAUCAUCAAGGUCGGAAGUCAAUUUGUGCAAGUGACAACGACCAAGAAGCAAGAGAUCUUUGCUGGGUUCCGCUUAGGUACCACUGUGAAUGAUAUUUUCCGCCUUGGUGAGGUUGACGAGGCCCCGACAUCAAUCCAGACUGAAGACGACUCUGCGUUCGGACUGCGAGCAGACAACGGAAAGAUCGUGAUGUACUUCACGAGCCCUAAAAAGGCGGAUGUUCUGCAGACUAUCCGGGGCGCCAAGGCGAAGUAUGGAAAAGACAACAGGACACACAAGUCGGUUGAACGUCUUAUCCGACCACAGGACCCACGAUCACAUCUUGAGGUUGUCAUCAUACAACUUGCUUGGGGCGCUCUGCAGGGCCUUCAAGUUCAGCUCUUCUUCCAGGAUAGUUUGCACCAAAGGUUAGCCCCUGCCCUCAUCGAUCUUUUGGAUACAGAUUCUCACCAUGGCUGUUUAGAUGUUUCUGUUCCCCUUGACCCGACUCGCUUUGUUGUAGAUAUCAGCAAGGAAUUAGCACUGACUGAACCCCAACUAACGUCAGAUUUCUUGACUGAAUUUUUCGUGGGCUGGGAGAGUUUCCCUGAUGAGCAAAAACCCUUGAGCCUUGCUUACAUGGCCCCUUGGCUGCCCGGCCUACGGACAAACAUACUGGCCAAUGAGUUAGAUGGGGAUAAGGGAAGGGAGAAGGUCGCCAUUCUGUUCCGCAAACUGAUCGACGUCACUGUCCAAGAUCAUGCUCUCAUCUACGCACUCGAGCAGUCAGUGUGGCCAAGGAUUACUCAAGAUGAGAUCUUACUCGAGAUAUUCCUCGAUGAACUCUUGAAGACCGCUAUGAGCUAUGGCUCGCAUGACGACCCCUUGGAAAUUAUCUCUUCUAUCGUGGUUGGUAUCGGCACGGUGACAUUGCGUGGCAAGAUUCUUUCAAGACUUCGCAAAGCGCUGAAUCGAUCGUCGCUGCGGCCGACGAAGUAUCUCCCGGACAACGCAGUCUGGGCCGAGAUCUGCAUCCUGCUGCGGUUUUGCUUGGCCCUGUCAUUCGACAAUGGUGUGCAGUCCCAGCUCUUCCUGCCGGAAAUUUUCCACAUUGUGACGAUGCUCGCCAACACUGGUACCCAAGACAUUCGACUCCUUGUUUAUCGAUUGUUGGUGAACUCGGUUCAUGCGGUGUGCACAUCGUUCAACUUGGAAGACCCCAAGGCCAGCAAGCUUCGGGCAUGCCUGGAUUUCCUCUGCGACCCUCGCAGUGACAUCUUCACAGCCCCUCCGGCUUGGCCCCGCGAUGGUGCGUCGGUUUCCACAUCCCAGGAAGCCGGCCCGGCACUUUCAGCAACCGAGAACCUUGCGUCAGCCCUGUUUGAAAUCUGCUCUGUCGCUGCACCCACUGUGGACUUGGCAAAUACUUGGCGGUCAAGGUGGAUGAGUCUUGUGGCAAGUACGGCAUUCCAGAACAAUCCUGCCAUCCAGCCUCGGGCCUUUGCUGUGAUGGGUUGCUUGGCUCGAGAAGAGGUGGACGAUGAUCUACUUUACCAAGUUCUUGUGGCUCUGCGCAACAGCAUCAGCCGGUUUGGCGAGGACCACAACAGCGAAAUGCUGGUCUCCAUUGUGACCUCCUUGUCGAAAAUGAUGGCGAAGCUUCCAUCUGCUUCACGCUACGGCCUGCAACUCUUUUGGUUGGCCAUGUCACUCGUGCGGCUUGUGCCUGCAACCCUGUUCAACUGUACUGCCCAGUUCCUUGAGGCGGUCCUCGCGAACAUUAGCACUGGAGAAGAUUUUCGUGGCAGCAACAUGGCGCCCCUCCUACUGCAAGGACGAAAUCCGCUUGAUGAAGCGGCCUUGCCACUUGAAGAGGUGUAUGGCAUUCACUUCGACUUGGAGAACUUCCACUUUGCUGUUUGUGCUUGCCUGGCGAGGGGCCUCACUGAUACGAUGACGCGUCAAACAACGAUGCGCGUUCUUUCAUCCUUCUUGGAGAUGACGUCUGCAGGAGACGAUGACGAGGAAGAUGCUGCAGAACUUGCGCAGGAAUCUCCAUACCUCAACCUCUUGUUGGCGCGUGCCGUGGGACAUGAGGAACUGAAGGAUAGCAUGUGGGCUGCCGGUAUCAAUGCUGACGAGAUUGGCCGAACAGUGGGCUCGCGCGGCCUGCAUGAUAUUGGCACCAUGCCUGACGACAAGCUGUUGCUCAUCACAGCCAUCGAGCUUGUCGACUUUCAGUACCUGGAGGACACUGUUCAGUCAAGAAGUCUCAGUUGGCUCAAUGAGCUGGCCACUGCCCGGCCUGGUGUGAUUGUGAACCUGUGCGGAGCUAUAAGGUCCUUGCUAGACGACACUUUGCUGCAUAGCCAGAACUCAACAACCCUUGGAAAUGCGCACACUUUGCUACGGACCCUCUCGUCCAACCCAAAGUUCUCACGGGCCUCUCGCACAAUGUCAGUUCUGACCGAGACAUUGGAUAAAAUGGGCUUUGGCGGCUUGUGGCGAUCUUGUUCGCUUGGGUCAAUGGAAGAGAUCAAUCGUGAUUAUCUUGACUUAACCGAAAAGCUUAUAGAGUUGAUCAUUAUCUAG